AUGCAAAGAAGGUUCCAACAUCAAACUCUCAAGAAUUUAUUCUCCGUGCUUCAUCAACAACAAGAUCAAAUCCUGUUGAGAAAAUUCUCAUAUUCUUCUUCAGUUUCCAAUUCAGCUGAAACUAAAGUUCAACAAGACGAAACAGCAAAAUGUCCUUACCACCAACAAAAACAAGAGAAAAUUCUCACCUUUGAUGAUCUCCCUGGUCCUAAAGGUUUACCACUCGUUGGAAGUCUCUUUGAUUUGAUGAGAGCUUCGAAUGGAAUUCAAAAUUAUUUUUCACAACUUGUUGGUGAUUAUGGUAAAACUGUCAAGAUCAAAUUGUUGAAUAAGAGAAUGAUCAUUACACAGGAUCCUGAUUUGGCUAAUGAAAUUGCAAAACAGGAUGAAGGAAGAGAAACUCUUGAACCAGCAAGAAAAUUCAAGGUUGAAAGAGGAUUGCCUCAGAAUCCAGUCGAAUCUUACAAUUAUGAAGAUUGGUAUGAUAUGAGACAAUUGUAUAAUAUUGCAAUGCGUCCUGAAUUUGUUCAAAAUGUUAUCAUUCCACAAUUAACUGAACUCAAUAGUGAAUUUUUACAAUAUCUCACCAAAAAUUUGGCCUAUGACAAGGAGAAGGAUCAUUUCGAAUUACAAAAUGGAACAAGAGUUGUCAAUAGAUAUACUUUCAAUUCUGUUGUAAAGGUUUUCAUGGGUGCCAAGAUGACCGAUGAAGCUGCCUCAAAGCUCUCUUACUCAAUUGAUGAAUUUGUUAAUUUGGUUGUUGUGUUUUUGGAUAACAUUUUGAAACUCCAAAAUGGAUCUCAACUUUACAAAUUAUUUAAAACCAAGGAAUAUCGUGAUAUGGAAAAUGGAUAUGAAUUGGGAUUGAAUAGAUCAAAGGAAUGUAUUGACAUGUUUGAUAAGGGUGAAUAUGCUGGAAAACCAAGAAUGAAAGAACUCAUUGAAGAAAGAGCUUCAAAAUUCCAAGAUAACAAGGAUAAGCAACUCUAUGUAAAUGUUGUGUUGAGCUCCUUCUUGAUGGCUGGUGUUGAUAUCACUGCUCGUACCAUAGUAGUCUUAAUGUAUAGAUUGGCCACUGAGAAGGAAUUCCAAGAGAAACUCUACCAAGAAACUGUUGAAGUAUUUGGAGAACCAACAUUGGAUGAAUUGACUUCAGAAAAUGGUCUCACAAUCACUCCAGAAACUUUGAAGAAACUCAAGUUAUGCAGAGCCUUUGCAGAUGAAAGUUUGAGAUUGAAUCACAUCAUUAAAUCGACAAGCACCAGACAAUUGAGUAAGGAUAUUGUUGCUAGUGGAAUUAAGAUUGAACAGGGCACAACUGUCAUGUUCUUGGAAGAUCCUGCCAGGUAUCAACAAUGGGUUAAAAAGAGUACUGAAUUCAUUCCUGAAAGACAUGAAAGAGGUUCUGACCUUGCCGUUCCAAAGACAUUCUCUGGACCUUUCGGUAAAGGAGCUAGAAAAUGUCCUGGUGAAAGAGUUGCCUUUACUGAAAUUUACUUUGCCUUGAUUAAUCUUGCAAGACAUUUCAGAUUAUCUCACUCUAAUGGAAACACUCUUCCUCCACUCAAUGAAACCACAACUUUGGGGUAUUUGGAUAUGAAUAAGUAUCAUUUGUAUUUCAAACCAAGAGAGCAUUUGGCUGAAUACUUUGAACAAUUAAAGAAGACCCAAGCAAAACAUUAA